GGAGGGAGUGGGCCUGCCCGGCGCUUUUAAUACAGAUGCGCUCCUCCAUGCGCCCUGCGUUCAACGGCGGAGCGGGGAGAAACACAACUGACAGCACCAUGACUGCGCCCAGCAACACAUACGAUGUUAUAGUGGUCGGCGGAGGAAUAUCAGGUUUGAGUGCAGCAAAGCUGUUGAAAGCCAGUGGACUGAACCCUGUGGUCCUGGAGGCCAGAGAUCGGGUCGGUGGUCGCACCUUCACUGUGCGGAAUAAGGAGACCAAGUGGGUUGAUCUGGGUGGGGCUUAUGUCGGACCAACUCAGAACCGCAUCUUCCGUCUGGCAAACGAGUAUGGCAUAAAGACCUACAAAGUCAACGAGCAGGAGAGUCUGGUGCAUUAUGUCAAUGGAAAGUCUUACCCAUUCAAAGGCUCCUUUCCACCCAUGUGGAACCCCUUUGUCCUGUUGGACUUCAACAACCUGUGGAGGACAAUGGACGACAUGGGCAAGGAGAUUCCCAGAGAGGCUCCCUGGAAAGCUCCCCAUGCUGAGGAGUGGGACAAGAUGUCCAUGAGGGAGCUCUUUGAAAAAAUCUGCUGGACCAGCACUGUCCGGCAGUUUGCCACGCUGUUUGUCAAUGUGAAUGUGACCUCUGAGCCCCAUGAGGUGUCGGCUCUGUGGUUCCUCUGGUAUGUGAAGCAGUGUGGAGGAACCAUGAGGAUCUUCUCCACCACAAAUGGAGGACAGGAGAGGAAGUUUGUAGGCGGCUCUGGUCAGAUCAGUGAGUGCAUGGCCAAGGAGCUGGGAGACAGAGUGAAGCUGCAGUCUCCAGUCUACAGGAUUGACCAAAGUGGAGACAUGGUGGUGGUGGAGACAGUGGACAAACAGACCUACACAGCCAAGUAUGUGAUUGUGGCCACCCCGCCUGGUCUGAAUCUGAAGAUGCAUUUUAACCCUGAGCUUCCACCACUGAGGAACCAGCUGAUCCACCGCGUCCCCAUGGGUUCUGUCAUCAAGUGCAUGGUCUACUACAAAGAGAACUUCUGGAGGAAAAAGGGUUACUGUGGCAGUAUGGUAAUUGAGGAGGAGGGCGCUCCUAUUAGCCUGACACUGGAUGACACCAAGCCUGAUGGGGCUGUACCUGCCAUUAUGGGAUUCAUCCUUGCCCGCAAGUGCAGAAAGCUAUCAGAACUGACCAAAGAGGAGAGGUUGAAGAGGAUCUGUGAGAUCUACUCCAGAGUGCUGGGCACGGAAGAGGCCCUGCAUCCGGUGCACUACGAGGAGAAGAACUGGUGUGAAGAAGAGUACUCUGGAGGCUGCUACACAGCAUAUUUCCCUCCAGGAAUCCUCACCCAGUAUGGCAAGGUGCUAAGGGAGCCGGUUGGCAGGUUGUACUUUGCAGGCACAGAGACAGCCACAGAAUGGAGUGGCUACAUGGAGGGGGCUGUACAGGCUGGAGAGAGAGCUGCCAGAGAGGUUAUGUGUGUACUGGGUAAAAUCCACCAGAGUCAGAUCUGGCAGACGGAACCUCAGUGUUUGGAGGUUCCAGCAUUGCCAUUUGUCACCACCUUCUGGGAGAGAAACAUGCCUUCAGUCGGUGGUCUCCUCAAGUUCAUGGGAGUCUCCACCUUCCUGUCUGCUGCCACUGCAGCUGGCCUGCUGGCCUACAAGAAGGGCCUCCUUCCCCUUCCCAGGAGUUAAACGGGUCACACCAAUCAUCUCACUCCUCUGUAUCUCAAGGGGGCAUGCCUCAAUAGACACCGUACUGUUAUCCUUCUAGUGCACUACUUUAUGGCCCAGACUACAAAGUAGUAAAUUAUAGGCUAUAGGAUGUUUUUGAGAAACACCCUGCUGUAAGACAGACUGUUCAGCUCACACAAAUCACUAAUGCACCAUCACUCUGUGUGCACUGUCUGGUCACAAAAGAAAGAGAGAGUGAAACACACAACACAGUAAAGGACUGAUUGAUAGUUCAUUGAUACUUUUAGAGUGAAGGAGAACUAGCUUCAGUUUAAAUCUAGAAAAUCUAAACCUGAGAUUCAGAUUGUGAAACCAAUGAAGGAAAAAUACAGAAUCAAUUCUUAAAAGAAAAAAAAAUAUAUGUCACUGUUAAUAUUCCAUAACAUUGCCAAUGACAUUCACAUUCUUAAACACAUAUUAGUUUAUUAAUGUAUCAUGCUUUCUGUGUGUCUAUGAGCUUUGUUUGUGUGCAUCACACAUGCUUUGGUGAUCAUGCAUUUGUGAGUAUGUGUUGGUCAGUUGUGCAAAGUAUGUGUAUGUUAAUGCAUGUGGUGUAAUUACUUCUGCUGAUUUUAGGUGCUGAUUUAUUCUGGCCAAGCAGCUGUAGAUGUUUGAUGAGAUCCAGCAACAUCAGAAUAGAACAGAGUUGUGCCAUUGCCCAUGACAAAUCCACAGGGGAAUUUUAGAGAUUAGGGUUGUGAUAUUUGCUGUUUUUCUCAUUGUCAACAAAUCCCAUGAAAAGACAAAAGUAAAGCAAGACUAUGAACUGAUCCUUUAUUCAAGUACUGUCUGUGUAGCUUAAGGCUGAUAAAUCAUGUAACUCUGUGCCAUAGGGUUCCAUUAUUAAGUAAGCCUCACUGUUGCAAUGGGUGACAUCUUCCCUCAUUCAUUAUGAACAGGAGCACUGUUGUUUAUGUUGAGUCAACUCCACAUUCACCAUCCUGCUUGUAUAAAGGCAGGGGUCUUAAACAUCCCUUCCCUCAGCCAUAUGUGAAACUAGAUAGUAAUCUAGCCCUCAAAAUUAUUUUUUUAUUCAGUAAUUUUUAAGUUGUUUAACACCAAUUUAAACCACACCUCCAAAUGCAGUUGAAAUUUAAGAAAAACAAUUCUAUUUCUUUUACAGACACAAGUUUACUUUUAUUUUCAAGUAACCAAGAAGAUUUUAUUUUGAGUAAAAAUGCUAACAGUGACGCAGCCUAUCUGUUUUACUUAAGUGACAGAAUAGUUAACUGUUGGUUGAUAAAGGAUUUGGUGACAGUAAGAAAAUUCAAACUUAUUAUUCGGGGUAAUUAACUGCAUCUAAGCUGCUCUUUACGGUUAUCUUUUGGUAAGUGUUAUGGAAUAAUCUGAAUAUAUUUUCUUCAGAAUAGAUAACACAAUCUAUUUGUUGUUGUAUUAUGAUCAGAAUUUUGACGUAUGUACUUUUACUUUCUCUCAUUCAUGAUUUAGAUUAACACAAAGGGUAGUACUGUAGCUAACCAAGCAAACCACAUACCUUUUUUUUCAAGGAAACCCAAACCUGAUAUGUGCAUUAUUAUAAGAGGCCAUUUGUCAUUCAACAUGAAAAGAUGUGGCCAGUGUGCAGUUUCUCUGUAAAGGCCUCUGACAUUAGAGUAUUAGAAUAAAUUGAUUUACAUUAUUGCACUUAUCUGAUGCUUUAUUGUGUUAAUUACUUAUAUUGUAUUAUUUACUCAAUCAAAUGAGUUCAAAUCAAAUAAGAUGUAGUUUUUGUUUUUUAAGAAAAGUUUUGAAGGAAUCACCUUUUUCUUAAAAUAGAUUCAAGAAAAACAGUUGAACAAAUGAAGGAUCACUCUUAGAAAGAUUAUACAGACAUUUGGAGAAACAAGUUGUCAAAUUGUUAAGGGUGUGCCACACUUCAAGCACUUUGACAGCAAUCCAUGAUGAUUUACACUUUGAUGACAGCAAUCAUUUGUCAGAGUAGGGGUCAGAUUUGAAGAAAACCAACACAUGAGUGACUCUGAAGUUUCUCUGUUAGAACAUCUCUUUUGAGGUGCACUGUAAUGUGCGUGCAGCUCGGUAUGCUCGCUGAGAGAAUCAUGCUGUUCUUGUAUGUGUGCGUGAGUGUAGUUGUCUGUUGUGCCUUAAUGGAAGUCGUGGUGUUUUUGUCAUUUCUCUUAAGUGCCUGUGUGAUUCUUGACACUCUCUGCCCUUAUUCUGCUCCUCCCCGAUCUGCACUGGAGGUGAGAUGUCAGAUGGACCAGGCCAUUGGUUUAAUGUGUCAUCAAUAUCCAUCAGUGUAUAGGGACCCGCAAAACAACUGUGUCCCUCUUACCAUGUCCAAAUCCUGUUUCAUUUUGGACAUUCUAUGUAUAACCUGAGGUCUAAACUCAGUACAAACUUGACUCAGGUAAAGCUGGGUGUAUAAACACAGCAUCAGCUGUGAACAAUAGAGCUCUGACCAUUAGGUUGAUCAAGCUGCUUAUCUCCGGUGAUAUCAAGUCUGUGUGUGUUUUGUAUUGUGAUUGCAGUGCCUCACUGUGAUCUGUCUCCCCUUGUUGUGGUGCCCUCAUGUCUCUGAAUGCUUUACUCAUCUUGUGUAAACUGACCUUUGACCCUCCAGCCCUUACUCCCUUGACCUACCCCUGUUUCACCCCAGCACAUGCACUGGUUUUGUGCUCGACCAGGCUAUAUCUACAAGUAAUGAUAGGACAAUGAACAAACACAGCCAACACACUCUGUCUGCCUUUCAAAACCACAGUACUAGCACCAUCAGCAGACAUAAUGUAUGAUAUAGUUAUUUAUCUGAUCCUCUGGUUUCUGGAGACCUUUGACUGCUUCUCGGUCCCUCUUGUCCUCCUGUGCAUUUGAGCCUCCUUGAUUAUUCCUGUGACCAUUAUUAUAUCAAUUAGUAUACCAGUUAUUUGAUGUGUUUGAUCCCUUAAAUAAAGCUGGUGAUAUUGAAAGACAAAAAAUGUGAAAUAAAUCUUUUACUCAUCCUCAA